AGGGAGGGGAACCGAGCCAGCUUCCGCAUUCGAGACGCGGCUAUGUCCGAGGAAGGGUCUCUGGCGGUGCCGCAGGAUGGAGGCGGUGGGGAGGAGACCCCGGAAAGCGGAGCCUCGGCGGAUGCAGCAGAGGGGGCUCCUCUCCCUCCUCCCGCUUCGGUUUCCCCGGUGACCGAGGAACCCGCCGGAGACGCCAGGAAGAAAAUUGAUGUUUUGCUCAAGGCUGUUGGAGAUACCCCUAUAAUGAAGACCAAGAAAUGGACAGUAGAAAGAACUCGCACAAUCCAAGGCCUCAUUGACUUCAUCAAAAAGUUUCUGAAAUUGUUAGCCUCAGAACAGCUGUUUAUUUAUGUGAAUCAGUCUUUUGCUCCUUCACCGGACCAAGAAGUUGGAACAUUAUAUGAGUGUUUUGGAAGUGAUGGAAAGCUUGUCUUGCAUUAUUGUAAAUCUCAGGCCUGGGGAUGAAAUCGGAAUCAGAAUUGCUUCAAGUUGCUGGAAAAUGAAUGGGCUACAAUGAUCUUCAAAGACAUUCCCCGUGGAUAAACUGAAGAAAUGCUUUAAGUGUUGCCCAUGGAAUUCACUUUAUUCUUUUUCCUGUUUUCUUUGUGUCCAUGUACAAGAUAACUAUAAGAACUAUCUAGGUUUCUCAGCCUGAGAUUUUACUACAUAUGCUGACUUCUUGCAGAAACAAUAGUGCGCGUGCCAUCAGUUCGUCUGAACCUGCCUAUUGCUGCUCCAGCAUUUUGGAGAUUCUUUUUCUAAGAAAAAGAAUUGAGAAACACAUGGACCAUAAUUGAAUCAGGUUGUUUGGAAGAUACAGCCUGGCUCUUAGAAGGAUAUUUAUUGUGCAUUAGCAACUGUAGGAUCUACAUCUGAGAUAAAUAGCUACAUUUUUCCAUUUA